UUUGGGUUCAGGUAGGUGGUCAUACUCGUUUCUUGCGAGCACAAACUAGCUCGAACACCACCAGCAUGCAGCGGGAAGAGUGCAUCUACAACCUCAUCCCAAAGGUUGUGGUCGUGCCGGACAAGCCCACGCGGUACACGAGCACACACGACCCCAACUCGCAGCCGACGGCGUCGACGUUCGGGUUGCAAGGCAAGACCAAGCUGCUCGGAUCGAAUUUGGGCCAAGAGAAGCCGCGGACGCCCCCCACUGCGGCGAAAACGUUUGGCAAGUUGCCUCAAAAGCCAGACCCCAAGGACUUUACAAAGAAACACUCGAAAUGCAACAUGCCACCGUCCAAACCGACCAAGUUUACGUAUGACGGGGUGAAAAAGCCCCCGCUGGUCAAAGCCAAUGAAAAGCCCGUGAUGGGCUUGAAAACAUCCAAGAACUUUAUCGCAGCCAACGCCGUGGAAGCCAUCUUGGACGUGCCAGGCAACCGCGCGCGGGUGAAAGCUGCGGCCCCCGUCUACCGCGACAAGCCCGAUUACGGCCAGGUGCCAGAGUACUUGCGCGAAGUGAAGCAAGAGAUCGAGCAAGAGAACGAAAUGAUCGAGGAGUUUGUCCGGCAAAACAAAAACAUUUUGGCGGAUCAAGAGCCAAAGGUGGAAGCAAUGGACGACGACGAGCGCCUCCAGCUCAUUGACGCGCUCAAAGCCAAGUGGGACCAUGUCAAUGCCAAGUACCAAAAGCUGUGCCAUAACGUGUCGUUCGACACCCAGGGCAAGGUCCGGCGGAAGGAAACGUUCGAGAAGGAGCUGACACAGAUCGAAAAAGACAUUCAAGUGCUGUCCAGGGGCCCCGUGGCCGUGAACCGAGAUUGACCAACAUAUGGAACAAGCCAGCAGCAUGUAUAUCUAAAUAAACUGUACAAGGGGAA